UCUACCUCCAGUGUAAGAUCUACCUUCUCUAGGCUGAGUAGCUUGUAAGAGGAGGUUUUCCCUCAAACUUUUGCCACUUCCAGGCUGGGCUCUGUGUGUGUGUGUUUGUAGGUGUGUGGACUCACCUAUUGUAAAUUGGUAGACACCAUCCUUUGCGAUUGCUACUGCCAGAUUAGAGACAGGGAAUAUUAUCAUGGAGAAUUCAGCAAAAGAAAAUGCUCAGUUGUUCUCAAAAACCACAAUCCUGCCAAUUGACAGGUCUUCAUCUAAAUCUGAAUCUUCUGCUUCCAAGGAGAAACAAACAUGCUGUGGAGGUAUAAAGAUAUUUCUUGGCGCAUUAUCCUUUGUUUACUUCGCUAAAGCAUUGUCAGGAAGUUAUCUAAAAAGUACCAUCACCCAAAUAGAAAGAAGAUUCGAUAUCCCUUCUUCUUUGGUUGGUGUUAUUGACGGCAGCUUUGAAAUUGGAAAUCUCCUAAUCAUAAUUCUUGUAAGCUACUUUGGAGCGAAACUUCAUAGGCCAAAGAUAAUUGGAGUUGGUUGCCUAAUAAUGUCAGCCGGAACAUUUCUAAUUGCGAUGCCCCAAUUCUUUAUGGGACGCUAUAGGUAUGAGAUAUUUUCUUCCUCCACCAAUUCUACUGUCAGCAUUUCCCCAUGUCUACAGGAUAAAAGUCAAAUACCACUCUCAGUCUUAGAAAGGUCUCAAGCCAAAAUAAAUGCAGGAUGUGAAAAAGAAGUUGGAUCGUCCAUGUGGAUCUAUGUUUUGCUUGGGAAUCUUUUGCGUGGGAUAGGGGAGACUCCUAUCCAGCCUUUGGGAAUUACGUAUAUCGAUGAUUAUACCAGUGAAGAGAGUGCUGCUUUCUACAUUGGGUGUGUACAGACUGUUGGAAUUAUAGGCCCGAUAUUUGGUUUUCUUUUAGGAUCCCUCUGUGCCAAACUAUAUGUUGACAUUGGCUUUGUAGACUUGGACAGUAUAACAAUUACUCACAAUGAUGCCAGAUGGGCAGGAGCUUGGUGGCUUGGUUAUUUAAUAGCAGGUGUGUUAAGUGUUCUGGCUGCCAUCCCAUUCUGGUUCUUACCAAAGCACCUGCCAAGACCAGAAAGCAGAAAGGAUUCCAGUACCUCCUCUGAGCAGUCAAAGUUCAUUAUCGAAGAUAACAGGGAGCAUCACAGAUCUUAUGAACAGCAAGUAAAGAUACUUGAAAUGGUGAAAGAUUUCCUGCCAUCAGUGAAGAAUCUCUUCGGAAAUCCAGUUUACUUUCUAUAUUUGUGUGCAAGCAUCAUUCAGUUCAAUUCUUUAAUUGGCAUGGUAACAUAUAAACCAAAAUAUAUUGAGCAACAAUAUGGGCAAUCAUCUUCAAAAACGAAUUUUGUUAUAGGAGUAACUGCUUUACCCACUGUAAGCAUUGGGAUUUUCUUAGGAGGGCUCAUAAUGAAGAAAUACAAAAUGGGCAUGAUUGGAGCUACAAAAUUUGGAUUUGGGAUGUCACUGAUGGCUUUUCUCAUAACCCUCUCACACUUUUUUGUGGGCUGUGAGAACCAUGUAGUGGCGGGAUUGACAGUAUCUUAUGAUGGCAAACCAGUUGCACGUCAUGAAACUGCCUUAUUUUCUGUCUGCAACUCUGACUGCAAAUGUGCCACGAACCAGUGGGAUCCUGUCUGUGGAGACAAUGGAAUCACAUAUAUGUCAGCUUGUCUUGCUGGAUGCAAGACUUCGACAGGACAUGGGAAGAACACAGUGUUUCAUAACUGCAGCUGCAUGAAAAUUACAGGUUCACAAUCAGGAAAUACCUCUGUAAUUCUGGGACAAUGUCCAAAAAGUGAUGACUGCUCAAGAAAGUUUAUUUAUUAUACAGUAAUACAAGUUAUAAGUGCCUUUUUCUAUUCUUUAGGAGGCACCCCUUUAUACAUAGUUAUGUUUAGGUGUGUUCACGCAGAGCUGAAAUCUCUUGCAGUUGGUCUGUACACGCUCAUUAUGAGAGCCCUAGCCGGAAUUGCAGCCCCCAUUUAUUUUGGUGCAUUAAUAGACAGGUCAUGCUUGAAAUGGGGAAGCGGAAGCUGUGGGCAGCGAGGAGCUUGUAGGAUAUAUGAUUCUGAUGCAUACAAGUAUACCUACCUUGGCCUAAUAGCAGGUUUCAGACUACCAUCCUACUUCUUAGCUUUCCUGUUUUAUACAAUGGUGAAGAAACAGUACCAAGCAAAGGGUCCCAAAUCCACAGAAAACGGAGGGCAAGAAAGCGUUCCUAUGAACAAAGAAACUAACUCAAAGAGCAGUGAAUAUUUAUCAAGUUCUUCUGAUGUGGAAAAAGAAUCAUGUAUUUAGAAAAACUACUUACGUCCAUGUUGCAUGAAUCCGGACAGCAUCUUUUAAAAUCAACUUUCAGAAUGUCCUGAACAAUAACACUGCUCAGAAUGAAAAACCAGAAUGAACACAUAGUCAAUGACAAGGGCAGUUAGGUGCACAUAUGAUUUAUAUUUAACUAUCUUAUAUGAACCUGCUUAUCAAUGACACACACAACAAAUUCCAUUAAUUAACUAAUGAAGGAAAAUCCUGUUUUGCAUUGCUAAUUGCAACUGUUUGUAAUUUUUAAAUGGCUUGAAUGUGGUUUCUGGCACGGUAACUGCAUUCCAAAUACUACUCUGGAAGGCCCCAGUCGUGCCCACAGAUCCACCUGUACUGAGUACCACUGAAGUCAAAAGGACUUUGCGUAGUUGCAAGGGUCUGCACAGUACAGUAAGAAGCUAAUGUAGUUUUCUGAUCUCUGGCCUGCCAGGGAAUAGCUAGGUGGAAGGCCCAAACCCUCUUUUCCCCCUGCGUCCUCAGGGACACUCAACUUGAAAAAUCAUAUUUCCAACUGAAAAUGUUGUGCCUACUAACGUUGUAAGGAGAGCUGGUUAUCAAAUGGAAUUUCUGUUCCAUCAGAAACUCCAGCAUUUCAAAUUUUGCUUUCAUCCUGAAUUGGAACAAAAAGUUGAAAUUUCAAGAUUUUUACUGUGAAAUGAAAAUGUCAAAAUAUUUUGUUUAGGAAACAUCA